AUGGCGACUUUUGAGUUGACUCAAAAGUCACCUUUGGACUCGCCCUUGUCUGUCAACUCUCACAACACACGCACUCGCCUGGUGGGAGGACAGGUGGACGUGCAUGGCAUGCCGGGGGGAGCCGACACUCCCUCCUGGGUGCGGCUGGCAGCAACAGCAGCAGAGGGAGGAGGAGGAGGAGUCGUGGUGGGAGGACAGGUGGACUUGCAUGGCAUGCCGGGGGGAGCUGACACCCCCUCGUGGGUGCGACUGGCAGCAACAGCAGCAGCGGGGCAGAGGCAGCUGAUUGUUGAAGGGGAUGUGAGGGGGUGGCGCCCAGGCCUCUCUAUUGCUGUUGCUUCUACGAGUACUAACUUUAACGAGGCAGAGAGCCGAGAGAUCGGAUCAGUCGCCCUGGUCUCUCCAGCCACCUCCCCCCCCACCUCCCGCAUCACCCUCACAUCACCCCUCGCCCACACGCAUGAGGGUACAUCGGUGCCCGAUGGCUUCGGUGGCAUGGUGGAUAUUCGUGCUGAGGUGGCGCUGCUUGAUAGGCAGAUCGUCAUCCAGGGCACGGACGAGCUUCCUCCUCACCAGUACGACGGCGGGCACUUCAUGGUCUAUAUGACUCGCACUCCUCAAACCAUCGAGGGGGUUCAGUUCCGCGGACUAGGCAACCAAGGCACGCUCGGGCGCUACCCGCUUCACUUCCACGUGUGCAGGCUCCCCGCGGACGCAUCCCAGCCGCACAUCGUGCGCAAGAACGCGAUCGUGCACUCGAAGCAGCGGUGCAUGGUGAUCCACGCGACCAGCAACAUGAACAUAGAGGAUAAUAUCACCUAUGAGACCAAGGGGCACUGUUACCUGGUGGAGGAGGGGUCGGAGAUGGGGAACGUGUUUCGGAGGAACCUGGGGAUGAGUGUGAGGAAGGUGGAGAAGGAGAUCCCCCCGGAUACAAGUGAUCAGUAUGGGUUCCACACGGACAAGCAGCCGAGCGUGUUCUGGAUGGCCACUCCUUACAAUAGCUUCUAUGGGAACGUUGCUGCUGGGUCCGAGAACAGCGGCUUCUGGCUGGAGGCCAACCCCACCAUGAGGGGCAUCUCCCGCCUGCUGCCUGCCAUCGGCAACAAACGGCCUGACAGGUUCAACUGGGGAGAGUAUGUGGGUAAUGUCGCGCACUCCUCGCUCUUUGGCUUCCGCACAUACCCCCACGGGUCGCAGUCCCGCUUCCCCAACUACACUGGCGUGAUUACGUAUCUCAAGGACGCCCUCCUUUAUCGCAACAAGGCUGGCAUCCUCUUUGUCAACACGGAUCGCAUAGUGGUGGAGAACGGUGCAUUUGUGGAGAAUGCGUAUGGGAUGGACAUAAGCCGCAACGGUGGGGUGACAGUCAAGGGGUGCCGCUUUGUGGGCACUCUCCCCUCCACCUGCACUGCCAAGGCUAUGGCUGCCAUUCGCAGCAGCAGCAGCAGCAGCAGCAGCACCACCACCACCACCACCACCAGCAGCACCAGCAGCAGCAGAAGCAGCAGCAGCGGCGGCAGCACCACGAGCAUGAGCCUCGCCAGCAGCAGUAUUGCCAACAAGAGCAACCAGCCUUCAGCCACAGCUCCUGCCCCUCUCUCUCUUUCUUUCCACGGCCCCACCACAGAGUGGGAACCACCAGGCAUGGCAGAUGCCAUCAAGCCAUGGGCUCAGUUCCUCUAUCCCUUCCCUAGUGACGAUGGGGGAGACUCUGGUGAGGAUGGGGGUGGUGAUUAUGAUGAUUACGGGGAUUAUGGCGGGGGUGCCGGUGGGGAUACCAUCGCUGCUGCUGCUGCUGCUCCUUCUGGCACAGGAAGGCAAAACCGCGAUACGGGACGAUCGUUGCAAGCAGCGCAAGCAGCAGCAGCAGUGGUGGUGCCACAGAAGGAGAUAGGAGACGGGUCGUUUGAGUCGCCCAUUGGAGUCACGCUGAGCCAGAGCAACCCCGCGGACAUCCUGCGACCCUCCUCCGUGGAACAUUCCUUCUUCUCAGGGUACGGCACAUGCACCACUGGUAGUUUCGGCACAUGCACCACUGGUAGUUUCGGCAUCGCUCUAUGUGUCUUCAGUUUCUUCCCCUCCCCCAUUUCAGCCCCCUCCUUCCGUCCCAUGCCUCCCCCCCCGCUCAGCUUCUCAGGGUACGGCACAUGCACCACUGGUAGCUUCGGCAUUGCUCUUGUGACCAACAAGCCAGGCGGCUACUGGAACACAGCCUUUUUUGUACAGCCUGCCACCACUCCCCCCAGGGGGGGACUCAUAGCCCGCUUCUACGCCCUCAGGGAUCUCGACGGUUCUCUCCUCGGCACGCCGGGCGCCUUUGCAGUCGCUCCCUUCUCCCCCAUACUGCCGCCUGCCACUGUGCGCCCCAGCCUGUGCCAGUACCGGGCUGAGAGUGCUGUGUGGCAGUGCCAGUCGGUGUGCUACAGGGCAGUGGGCGUAUUUUACUAUGAGCCCGGUGUGCGGCCUAACGGGAUGCAGGGUCUACCAGCUAAAGUGCUCCGGCCCUACAGGGUCUACCAGCUAAAGUGCUCCGGCCCUACAGUCGGUGUGCUACAGGGCAGUGGGCGUGUUCUGUUCUAUUACGAGCAGGGCGUGCGGCCAAACGGGAUGACUGGCCUUCCUUCGAAGGUGCUCCGGCCGUACAGCUACAUCAACAUCACAAGGGAAGAGGAUGGAGAGACCUUCACAGCAUACGGCACGGACAACGACAACCCUGACAGCCCCCCUGCAGACCCCAAGCGCACCGCCUACCGUUACGUUACUGCAUCGCUGCUCGCUGGGUACACCUACCGGUUGACGAUCAUCCCUGCCCCCACCAACAGCCUCUUCUACCCAACCUGGGCACAGGUGCGUGACUGUAACUGA